CAGUGUAACGCAGCGCUGUGUUAGAGCACCUCUGUCACUGCUCGCUCCUCUCUGUCUGUGUCUCUCUCAUUGUCCACAGAUACUUUCUCGCCUUCUCUCUGAUUUCUCUCCCACUCUUUAUCUGCGCUCGUGGUCCCUCUCCUCGCCCCUCCUCUCUCUUUGCUUUCUUCCCCUCCUCCUCCUCUCUGACUCUGUCCCAUAGGCAGAGAUAGGAUCUGUUUCAAACAGCAGCAGCCUCACCAAGAGCCCAGACCCUGUAGCCCAGGCUGACUCUUGUGCCAACCCUGGUAGGAACAUCAGUGGGUGGGUACUUGACAGAGCCAGCGCCAGGGAGUUAAUACCACUCAGUGCUGCUGGAGGUGUGACACAGUCCCAGCCCUCUACACAUUGAUUCACACAGGAUUAAGCCACUGCAUGAUGCUUCAGGCAGAAGGCCUAGUGCAGCUGAUUUACCAUCCCUGUCAGACUUAACGUCUUUGGAAGCCUCCCCUGCCCUGCUCCUGUCUUCUGUGGAAGGACUAGUAAAAAGCAUCUGCCACUGCACCAACUAGAUCACCCAAAGGGAUGACUGGCAGUCAUCUUGCACAGGAGUAAGAGAGGAAGCAAUGGGCUGGACUAUGACUCUAAAAGAUGACUUUGGGGUCAUUGCCUGGACACGGGGAGCUGGGAGCUACCUCAGCCUCUUCCUCCUCUUGUCUCUCUUUUCCUUUUCUGUCCAGUCAGACAUUGUGUUUCCUAAGGACCAUCAUUUCUCAUGGAAAGCAGGCCAGUGGGGUCAGUGUAUCGGGGAGGAGUGCGGUUCUGGUGGGGUUCAGACAAGGACAAUAUGGUGUGUCCACAUGGAGGGCUGGACUACCCACCAUUCCCACUGCCAGCACACGGACAAGCCAGAAAGCCAGCGGCACUGUUUUAAGGUUUGUGACUGGCACCAGGACCUCUUUGAGUGGGAGGUGUCAGACUGGGGGGGCUGUGUUCUUGUCCCUUUCUUUUACAACGAGCUCAAGCUGAGGAUGGCUGAGUGCAUUACAGCACAGCAUGGCAUCCAGCGACGCAAAGUCCACUGUGUACGCACUUCAAACCAUACUACAGUCACCUCGAGGAUAUGUGAGUUCUUUUCCCAGAAACCACCUGUGGAGCAGGCAUGUCUCAUCCCCUGCCCCCAGGACUGUGUAGUUUCAGACUUCACCUCUUGGUCAAGUUGCAGCAAAACCUGUGGUGCUGGCCUGCAGCAUCGGACUCGACAUGUCCUGGCCACACCAAUGUACGGAGGUGCAAACUGCCCAAACCUGACUGAGACGAGGACUUGUUCUAGCCCUGUUGACUGCCCUGCUGGGGAGGGCGCGUACCAGUACAGCCUUAAAGUAGGGGCCUGGAGCGAGUGCCGACUUCCCCAUCACAAGGAUGCCCUGUUAAGUGGUAGGACCACAGUGGACUUCAGCACCAGCUCCAAUGAGAACAACACAGUCACAUUGCACACACAGGCUUCUCACCACCACUCCCAUCGCCACCACCACCACCACCAUCCUCAUGCACACAACAAGUACCCCAUGUCAUGGGAACUGGAGGUGGGAUACCAGACACGACAAGUCCGCUGCACACGGGGUGACGGCAAGAAUGCUAUGCUGAGUCUUUGUACCAAGGACAACUCCCCCCUGACCUUCCAGGCAUGUGUGAUGCCCAAAGACUGUCAGACAUCUGAUUGGUCAUCGUGGAGUCCCUGCUCUAAGACCUGCCGGUCCACCGACCUGUCUCCUGGCUACCGCCUCCGGUCACGGAUCAUGGCACAGAUCCCAGUCGGAGGGGGGAAACGAUGUCCUGCCCUUGAGGAAAAAGAAGCUUGCAACAUCAUAGGAGAUUUACUUCCAAACUGCCCCAGGUAUGUGUGGAGGACCACUGACUGGGGCGAAUGUCGCAUCCUCCCCUUACUGAGCCAGCAGGACCGGCGGCUGGCUAACAUCAGUAUUCUGUGUGGAGGGGGGAUCCAGACCAGGAAGACCUACUGUGUUCAAGUCCCUGAUGACUCAGCACCACAUCACAGGAAGGAGGUGUCCAGGCCUGUGAAUGCCAGGCUGUGCGCUGGUGAAGAGCCCCCCUCGGCCGUCCAGCACUGCUCCAUCCCUUGCCAGCACCACUGCCUGCUCUCCCAGUGGUCACCCUGGGGUGCCUGUCUACAUGACAACUGCAAAGAACCACAGGGGAAGAAAGGUUUGAGACAGAGGAGGAGAGAGGUGUUGUGGGAGUCCAGCAGUCCUCCCGAGACCUGCCCUCAUCUGGUGGAGUCCAUCCCCUGUGAGGAUCCCGCCUGCUACCUGUGGCAGGUCCAUCAAGAAGAAAGAUGCUUUCCCACUAAAAGCUCCUGUGGUCCUGGAACUGCAGUCCAGAAUGUGACCUGUGUCGGCGCUGAAGGGGAAGAUGUGCCCAUUGCCCACUGUGUAGACGACCCUCCACCCACAGAAGUGGUCUGCGAGGUGGCCUGUCCUGCAGACUGUGUGGUUGGCUCCUGGUCUUCCUGGUCACCCUGCUCACACAGCUGUGCCACCAAGACAGCGGAGGGUCGACAGAGCCGCACUCGCAUUGUGUUGGCAAUCCCAGGAAAAGAAGGGAAGGAGUGUCCAGCAGCUCCAGCCCUGGAGGAGUGGAGAGUCUGCAAUGACCACCCUUGUAUGGUGUUCUACUGGGAGGCCUCAGCCUGGGGUCCCUGUAUUGAGGAAGCCUCCAUGGAUCUCAAUGGAACCGGCUUCUGGAAUGGGACCCCUACCGGUGCCGUGGGUGUUCAGAGCCGCAAAGUCAGCUGCAUGAAGAUGAACAUUGGACCAGUCAUAAGUAAAAGAUGUUCUGAUUCUGCUCGUCCAGAAACCGUCCGACCCUGUUUGCUUCCCUGCAAGAAAGACUGCAUUGUGACACCCUUCAGCGAAUGGACAGCCUGCCCAUCAACCUGUAUUCCAGAAAAUGCGACUGCCGCCACACAGUCUCGAUACAGGACCAUCAUUCAGAGGUCUGCUAAUGGAGGUCAAGAGUGUCCUGACACACUGUAUGAAGAGAGAGAGUGUGAAUCACUUCCUGUAUGUCCAGUGUAUAGGUGGAGGACACACAAGUGGCACAGCUGCAUUCUGGUUCCAGAUUCUGUUCGACGUGGAUUAUCUGGACCAGGAGAAGCCUGUGGAAAUGGUUUAGAAACAAGAGGAGUCAGUUGUGUUGAGGAGAGCGGUAUGUCGGCCAAUAUGACAGAAUGCCUUCGGUGGGCUGGCCCGUUGCCCCCUCAGAUAAGAGAGUGCCGGGUGGCUUGCAAGGAUGACUGCACUCUAACUGCAUGGUCCAAGUUCUCUGAAUGCUCUGGAUGUGGCAGCUCCCGCAGUCGCAAGCGCUCACUCACAGGUCGCAGUAAAAAGAAGGAGCAUUGCCUGAAUGAGGAGUUGUACCCACUGGAGGAGACAGAGACUUGUUUCUGUGAAGAGUUUUUGUCCCAGCCCUAUGGGAACUGGUCUGCUUGCAUCCUCCCUUAUCCUUCUGCUCCGGGGUCCCUGCAGGGCUGGACGAGCCACCGGGAAGUAAAGGAGUGUGGCCAUGGUCUGCGCUACAGAGCUGUGGCCUGCAUUGACCUGCGGGGACACCUGGUCAACCCCACACUCUGUACAGACUCAGGCUACAUGGUGGAGGUUUGCCACAUCCCUUGCCCCUUAGACUGUAAGCUCAGUGACUGGACAGCCUGGUCAGCCUGCAGUGCAUCCUGUGGCAGCGGGUUGAAGAUAAGGUCCAAGUGGCUCAGGGAGAAAGCUUUCAACGGGGGACGCCCAUGCCCCAAGCUGGAUUUGAAAAACCAGGCUCAGGUGUACGAGGCUGUGCGCUGCCACAAUGAAUGCAGCCAAUAUGAGUGGAGGAUCGAGCACUGGUCCAUUUGUACCAUCAACACUGUGGAUGACCUGCCAGCCUGCGGGGAGGGAGUUCAAAGCCGCAAGAUCAGGUGUGUGAAGAAGGGAACAACGAGUGGGGAGGCCAGCCGUGUGGAGGACAGUCUGUGUGAUCAGGAGGAAAUGCCACCCAGAGCCCAGGUCUGCUUUCUGGCAUGCCCCAACGACUGUGUCAUGGCACCCUGGGGACCUUGGAGCAACUGCCCUCUGCAAUGUGACCAAGGAACAGCAAGGAACAGGAGCAGACAUGUCCUCCGCCUCCCAGCCUCAGAAAAUGCGGCCUGUCCAGAGCUGGUCCAGUCAGAGCCCUGCGUCCUCAACAACACCUGCUUCACCUACCAGUACAAAGUCUCAGACUGGAGUACAUGCCAGCUGAGUGAAAAUGCCAUCUGUGGUCAGGGUUCACGGUUGCGUCUCCUGGACUGUAUUCGCAGCGAUGGCAAGAUUGUGGAGUUGCAGAAGUGCGAGCAGUUUGGUCUGAUCAACAAGUGGAGGCUGUUGGAGAGCUGCGUGGUUGACUGUCCUGUCAGUUGUAUACUCUCUGAAUGGUCGCCGUGGGCGGAAUGCUCGCACACCUGUGGUAGCCAAGGUCAGUCUGUGCGCACCCGGAGAAUCCUACAGGAGGCUCAUGAGGAGGGUCGGCCCUGUCCCAACCAGCUCACCCAGACCAAGCCAUGUCCCAUAAGGCCUUGCUAUACGUGGCUGCUGAGUGACUGGUCCCCAUGCACUGUAGAGAGUGCAGAGUGCGGCGAGGGGCUUCGGAGAAGGAACCUGUCAUGUGUCGUCCACUGGGGCGACUGGCCUGAGUCUCCUCCUCAGCCAGUGGAAGAGGAGCUUUGUGGAGACAAACUGAGGCAGCAGAUCCAACAGGAGAUGGAGCAGCCCUGCUUUGUCCCCUGCCCAGGAGACUGCCAUUUGACUGUGUGGUCAUCUUGGAGCUCUUGCCAGCUGACCUGCCUGGAGGGGCGGAGCUUUGAGACCACCGGUCGCCAAGCUCGCUCCAGAGCUGUGAUCAUUCAGGUCAUGGAGAACCAGGGCAGCUGCCCACAUCAAGUCUUUGAGACCCAGCCUUGUAAAGGAGGAAAAUGCCACAGUUACCAGUGGAGGACUGGAGGAUGGAGCAACAAUGAGAGAGCAGUGUGGUGUCAGCGCUCAGAUGGUGUCAAUGUCACAGGGGGGUGUUUCCCACAGAAAAGGCCAACCACAGUCAGACACUGCCAUCCUCCGUGCACUAAACCCUUCUCGCACUGCACACCGAGCGGAGUGUGUGGGUGUGAGAAGGGUUACACUGAAGUGAUGACCACGAACGGCUUCUUGGACUACUGCACGAGAACCCCGGGGGUGGACAACAACAAGAAAGCUGAUGUGAAAACCAACUCUGGAAGAUUAAAACCCGGGCCAUCUCAGCCCCAGGACCUCUUCAGCGAGUGGACCUUACGACCUGUUGGCCCAGAUGGAAGAGUAAAGCUGUGGGUUUACGCUGUGACUGCCGUUGGAUUCAUCUUAAUACUCUUCAUUAUUGCAUUGUCAUUCCUGGUCUGUAAUUCAUCCAAAACCACUAAGACGUCUCCUCCACCGCAGAAGCCCUUGACCCUAGCCUACGAUGGUGACAUGGAUAUGUAACCAGGCUGCUAUACCUCACAAGGACGCGCUUGGCCUCGGACAGACUCCUGACUGCAUUCAGAUUGUUGGCGAGCACGUCCAUCACAUACCACUGAUCGAUGACCAGUUUGAGCUUGGUGACUAUUUGCUGUAGUGCCAAUUGUACUGCAAAAAUGCAGCGGACAAAUAGCGAUACUCACACGUGAUAUGCUGCUGAAGGGCAAUGUAGCCCAGAAUUUUGCCUGCAGCCAACUAGAGACAAAAGGUCUCUAGACAUAGGAAAUAAAUGGACCUCUAGUUUCUGUUUUUUAAUUGCUUGCAAUGUGAACACACAGUUGAAGCAUUGCUUGCAACCCACACAUAACGAGGACUCCAAAAAGGCAAAGACAAAGUUUUUUUGUGUAUCAAGAAUCAGAAGGACCACCUGGCUAUUUGUCUCGUAUUUGUGUCUUGAGGGAGACAAAACAUCUUGAGUCAGCAGUCACUCAUGACAUUCAAAGGCAGAACAACGGAACAUUUGACUUUGUCUCAUCAGUGCUGGAUCUUUGUAAGAGGACACGCCUUUUGGGUAAUCAAACAGCCUUUUUUUGAAUUUCUGAGAAUAAACAAGAUGCUCUAUGCACUACGUUAGUGCUGAUUCACUUUGUUUUUUUCCUUUCAAAUGACUUUUAUAGUGUUUUAAUUGUAAUGCAAGUUGUUUCUGUCAGAUUGUGUUUUGUUGAUGAUGCCAUAUGUUGUGUAUAUGUGGAAACCAAAAGCAGGCUUGCCUUGAUUUAACAAUACAAUGAUGCAGUAAUUUCUUCUCCCUGAUUCUCACAAGACUCUCUGCCACUGAGGACUAAAUUAAGAAACAACCUCAAAAUUGUGGAAUUUGUACUGAAACAUGGCAGACUGCUUUGGUGACAAAUGCAGUCAAGAAUGAGCAGGAAACAACAUAAACAGACCUUUAAUGCAAAUUAUCAAAUGCCAGCAUGAUAAAGACCAUACCUCAUACACACUUCAUCAAAUGCAAAACAAAAAAGCACUGGUCACCAAAACAGAUAUAAGAAUCCACUGGAUCACACAGUGUUUUUUAAAGCAAAUGUUCUUUUCUCCUUUCACAAGGAUGUCAAACUUUGUUUUCUUUUUACACUAUUUAUUUCAUACCAUUACAUCCAAAUACAAGGUCAGCUGACACAGAGCAAGGACAGAAACUAGUUUUUGACAGUAGUGUGUUCUUUUCUUCCUAUUUUUUUUUUUUCAUUUUUGCACCACGAAGACUGCAUAUACCAAAUAUUUGUGAGCACAUUACACACACACUUAGGUGGGCUAUCUCUUAUUUCUAUUUCUCCAGCUCAUGAACAAAAAGUUAAGACUUUUCUUUUACUCAGCCCUGGAAUUUUUCAGAUUUCCACUUCCACAGUACAAGGCAUCCGCAAUUUUUUUGUGCCAGAGCAUCAUCUCAAAGCAUCUUAGUGGACCAUAAACGUGGUGUCAUAUAGACAUGGAUCCUUCAGUGCAUUAUUCAUAUGACCCAGUGGAGAAUUAAGUUCCUCAUACUUAGUGGUUUUGGCACUGACCAGAGUUUACGCUGUUUCUCUUUCUGCCUCCACAAACUCAAGAUUUGGUCUUGUGUUAUCUGACCUCCUUCUGAAUGUAUUUUACCAGUAAAUCUAUAAUGUUAAUGGUUGUGCAAAUAUGGUUGUUACGUGUUGUAACAAUUGUAUUUCAGCAGCUGAUUGUAUGUAGGCAUGCUUGAUCCAUUUUGGCAGAAAGUGCUCCAAGUGGCCUUGCGAAGAUUCUGUUUUACAAGUUGCCAAACAUUUUAGAGUAGUUUCUUUUAGGUAGUGUUUCUAAUAUUUGGCCAACAAAGGGACAUAUGGUAAAUGUUAAGUCAAUGUAAAAUCCAAUUGUGAAAUAUUGAUAAUGUCUGGAGAACAUGAUCAACUAAUUAACAAGUUAUCUGGGCACAUUUCCAUUAUGAAAUAAAGAACAGCCAACUUCUGACCUGAUAAGAGACUUCUAUUGGGUUACGUCCAAGAAAAUCUCAAAGUAUGUUCACUCAUUGUUUGCAGUACCAUGCUAUUUGUGUUACUAUUGUGUGUACAUGGAGAGCUGGACAAAAAUGCAAAUAAAUUGUGGAACUAUGUGAAAAUAAAA